AGGGAAAAGAGGUUGGCUGGGUCGAAGGGCGGAAACGGGGGAGGAGGAGGAGGAUUGGGACGGAGGGGGGGAGUCGCCGCCGCCGCCAUGGGGGCUCAUAUGGUCCGGCGGUAUUUCUUGUGCCCGGAGGAGGAACCCGAUCCUUCAACGAUCCCCAGCUUCGACCCCAUGUACGGCUUUCCCGAGCGCAAGGAACGCGUGAUGUUAGCAACAUGGCAGCAGAUGGUUGAUGCUCAGAUUCCUCUAGAACAGCGGGAUUAUUGUGCCCAUUACCUUAUUCAAUAUAUGAAGUGCAGACGUGACAAAUUUCCCAAUAUUUUUGGAUGCAAACAUGAGAAGCACGAUUGGGACUACUGCGAGUACCAGGAUUAUGUUAUGCGCAUGAAGGAAUAUGAACGGGAGCGGCGUUUGCUGGUUAGGAAGAAGCGUAUUAAACAGAAGGAAAAAGCAGCUGCAGCGGAAACUCUGUAACUGACUGUGGAAAGCUUUCAAUACAUGCAGACACCAUCUUCCAUUGGCCCAGAAAUUGAAGAGGCUAUGGAGUUUGGACUAGUCCUUCUACACAGAGCAAUGCACUGCUUCCCUGCUGGGAUCUUACAGAAUGCUUUAUAUAUUAUACUUUGCCCUAGAUUGAAAAAUACUUGAAUAUUUGCCCCUUAAUCUUUAAGAGUUUGAUU